GCAGCACUGUUUUCAUUCAUUAUUACUUUCUAUUUCCGUGCGCUGAAAAUUUGUAAAUAUUUACGCGAAUUUGCUACCCAAAAAUGUCGAAAACAAACUAAAAUGGGACAUUGAGGGGCUGCAAGGAUUGCCACCGUGUUUUUAAGCCAAAAGAAAACAUCGCUUUGCAUGAAAAUCAACCAGCAAACCUACUGCCUCCGUGUUAGGUCGUACUCUUAAUUGUAAAUGUAAUUGUAGCUGCCCAAGUGCCAAAAUAUAUCAGCAAAUGCUAUCAAAUAAUAGAAACAAAUAGAGCAAUGCUCGGAGUGGAAGAAACCAGGAGUGAUGAGCGGCGGCAGGCGAAGGAAAUGACGAAGACGCCAGAGAACAAAUACAAAUUCAUCAGCCUGUAAUUAUUUACAGACCUACCACAUCGGAAUACUCAACACCCGCAUACUAGCAAAGACGAAGAGUCGGACAAAAGCACAAAGCUGCGAUAAGCAACACCCACCAGUACAUGCCAAAUUAAACGCACAGCAAGUACCUCCGGGAGCUGCUAUCAGUGAAAUACUCAAACAAACCAUGAGCUGGCUGCGCCAGAGUAGCAGUGGGGGCGUUGCCUCCGCCGGACACUCCGGCAACAUCCGCCAGCGGCCCAUUGAUGCGGCGACGGACUGCGAUCCGCGCGCCUGCUACGACAGUUUCUGCAAGCAUUGGCAGCAAGCCCAUGAGAUCAUCCAGCACAGUGCUCCGCCCUCGCACGACGACGUCCUAGGCGUGGUCUCGCAUUUGGACUAUAUGGUGACGCUGCUGCUCGUCGAGCUCCAUCAUUGCAACAAAGUGGCCUUGCCGACCACGGAGGCCAGUGGCCCACCAGCGGCACCCUGCCUGGAGUACUUGCUAAGCGAGAAUCUGCUGGAUAAGCUUUACGAGUGGUCUUGCGCCACCGGUCGCUAUGCCAAUGCGGUUCGACUGGAACAACUGAAGCUGUACGAGCUGUUGGUGAGCCAUUCGCGCCACCAGCUGCUCUGCCACGAACCCUUCCUACGACCCCUGCUCAAGAUCCUGGCAUCCAGCCAGGGCGAAAUAUUUCCGCCCGACUUGGAGAAGCGCUUGGUCAUCCUGCUGAACCAGCUGUGCGUGGUUCUAAUGCAGAAUGUUCACCUGCUGGACUUGUUCUUCUUUUCCGCCCAGACCCAGGUGCAGGAGCAGAUUCAAAACGGUAGCGUGCCGCCUCCCAAAAGUGGAACCACAACCAACUUCAUUAUCUUCUCGCUGCUAAUCCCCUAUGUUCAUCGCGAGGGCAGUCUGGGACACCAAGCUCGCGAUGCCCUGCUCCUCUGUAUGGCGCUUUCCCAAAAGAACUCCAACAUCGGAACCUACAUAGCCCAGUACUCGUCGAUAUGCCCGCUGCUGGUUACCGGCCUCGGUGGCCUCUACUCGCGCCUGCCCAACAGCAUCGAGAUAAGUGCCAUCGACUGGCACAGGAUUACGCCGGACGAUGUCACGGAGAUUCCGGAGCUGACACUUUUUAUGAACGCCCUGGAGUUUUGUAACGCGGUGGUGCAGGUGGCCCAUGAGAUGAUCAAACAGCAGCUGCUGGACUUUAUGUACCAGGGCUUCAUUGUGCCCGUUCUGGGUCCAGCAAUCCUGCAGACACUGAAGGGCAAACAUUUUCAGACGAACAUCGACUCGCAAAUCUCGGCCAUGUCCUACCUGGAUCUGAUUCUGCGCUCUAUCACCGAACCGGGUCUGCUGAGAGCCUUUGUGCGUUUCCUGCUGGACAACGAGAAGUUCGACGGGGAGCGGAUCCUGGAUGCUCUAGUGGAGCGACUAAACUCGCCCGACGCCAAUCUUUGCAUGGUGACACUGGCACUGUUUGAUACCCUUCUGGGAUUGCAUUGCGAGGACCUGAUGCUGGAACUGCUGCUCAAGUUUAUGCUGCCGGGCAAGCACGUGCCCCUUUCGCAUCGCCACAAGAUCAACAAGAUCGAUCCCUAUCUGAGCAGUAGCGAGUUCUUCCUGGAGCUGUCGCCGGAUGUGAUGAAAAGAGCCAGGGACUUGGCCAAGCCCAAGGCCCUCCAAGAGCACCCGGUGGUGGGGGAUAUCCCCUCGCCGGUUAUGAGCAAAACCAUAGGCGCCAAUUGGAACUACUAUGGGGUGCACACAGGUGAUAGUUUGUAUGCCAACAUUCAGGCGUACUUGUUCGAGGCGCACUGGAGGAUCGCCCAGUGCCAGAGGGACUGUCUCAAGUGGGCGAAUAGCUAUCGGUAUCAGAAGUGGCCCCGGCACGGCCAGGGUCGCGUCCAAGCCCACGCCCUCGACUUGGCGAGGCAGUUCUUCAGCGAAUACGGAGGCAGUGGCCCGGUUGUGUCCAGUGAGACGGGUGAGAAGCAGCUGGACAGCUUGCAAUCAAUUGGCGAGUCCAGCGGCUAUGAGUCGUUCAAGUGGCGACCGGCAGACGAGGAGAGCGAAGCCACAGACACUACUCUGGCCACAACCGCCAGUGAGGUGGAGCUGGAGCACAACAGCAGUAGCAUCAGCAGUGGAUUGGUUGCGUCUGGCAGACGAGAGUCCUGGCGCGUUUCGCACAACAAUCGCAAUGAGUUGGUAUUGACGGAUCUGGACUUCUCGGAGGAUUUGUUUGCCCAGGGCACCGUGAGCUUAGGUCCCUUCCUCAAUGCCAUCUGGGGCAAGCUCCAGACCUUCACCAGCAACUCAUUGUACGUCAAUCUUCACCUGACCGGCCUCAUCACCCGGCUAGCCUGGUACCCCCUACCUUUGAUCCACUCGCUGCUGCUUCGUUCUGACAUCGUCAUCACCUCGGACACCCCAUCCUUCCACCAGGUGUUGCGUAUUCUCAAGCAACAGAUCGAUGCCGAGCUGCCGGUCACCGAAGACUCCCUGGAGAUUAUCGAUGUGGCCCGGUCCUCGCUCAUCGACCGAGAGUUCCGUUUGGUGAACACUCGGAAAGGCAAUGAGGGUUCCCCGUCGCACCACAAUCUGCAGCAACAACAGGCUAUAAAUCCCGCCCAGCAGCAAGGGCAACAAAGAUCGGCCUAUGCGACCCUUUCGGCUGCCACACCUGUGCAGGCCACGCCCACCAGUGCCUAUGAUCCCUUCAGGCGCAGCGACAAUAAGAGGCGGAGCAUUAGCAAGUCAAUUACCACGCUGUUUAGCAGAAAAUCUGCUCCUCCAGCCGCCCCAUCGGCAGGGCCAGUCAAUGGAUCUUCCGCUUCAUCUGGCUUAUCACAAAUUUACGCAUUCUUCACCGGAGCUGCCUCCUCGCUGGUGGGAAACAAUUCAAGCUCAGAGAGCCGGGGAUUCAACCAGGGACAGCAGACGUCGGGCACGUGUGAGACCAGUUUAAGUACGCAACCGCCACGCAUCGCGACGGCAACUGGAGCUUCCGGAAGCAGCAGCAACAGCAGCAUCGGUGGAUCCUCCCAAACGCUCUCCGCCCACUCCAACACCACCACCCACUCGUCAAGCACCUUGCACGGCCUGGACGGCGGCCCACCCAGUUUCAACUCCGAGCCCGUGUCCCUCGAUUCGGUUGCCUCGAUGGGCAUCAUUGCCAGCACAAGUGGCACGGAACGCUCCCGAGACCUGGCCCUGUGCGCCGUCCUGUUGGACGAGUGGCUCAAGGAGCUGGCGGCCAUUGCCCAGGAGCAGAGUGUUGUGCUGGUCACCGAACAGUCGCUUUGACACCAGAACUCCAUGCAGAUGCUCAUGCGGAUGAAAUGUGUAUACCUUAUUUACGGAUUUGUUGGCUUUUGUUUGUUUUAUCCAGCUUUUCUAACGAAAUUAUUUCAUUUUACUUGUUAAACUAUCGAUAUUUAUAUUUUUAAAGCAAUUUUUAACGAACAAUACCUUAGUUUUGAACAGAUUUACAUAAAGAUUUAUAAAAGCACACGGACUCUAAAAAAAGGAGAGUAAACUCAACAUACGUUUUAGAUUUAGGGUGUAAAGUUUAGGACAAAGAGGAUGUAAGUGUUCAGAUGUAAACAAUUAUUCUAAUUGGAGGAUUUAUGGAGGAGACUAGCUAUAGAGUACACACAUACCAUGUAUACAUAUGUAUUUUUGCAAUAUAUUUUAUGCUUUUAUGUACAUAUGCAAGAUCAAAAUAACCAUGUUUUUUAAAGCCAACGUGAAAGUAUUAAAUUGGUCCAAUUAAAUGCACA